AUAUGAACGAACUCUGAACUGGGUGCUUGUGUCUCGACUAUUCUGGAAAUAUUUGAAAGGAAUCACUAAAUCGUUUACUAUUUGUGUGUGUAUCUCUCCAACGAUCGGAAUUUCCUUUCAUAAUCGACAUAACACUUGGCUGAUAAUUAAGUGAUAAGUUGUGGCGCAAACGUUGUGCCACUCCGCGCCAUACCGCGUGUAUGGGUGACGUCACACAACACUACAAACACAACAGGUCCUUAAUGGUACCUGAACAAAAUAAGCCCAAUACUCUCAAACUGAACAGCGUGGCUAGAGAGGCCAGUCGAUACUCAGCCAGAGACCCAAGAUUAAGAAUCUAAGAUACCAGAAACAUACCCUAAACUUUGUCAGUAUUAAAUUUAUGAGGUAUUGUUUUGAGUACAAAAAUGGAACCUAAUGAUUCUGUUGUUUUAAGGAAUAGGGCUCCUAAAAGUAAAGAUCCUAUCAGAGAUUUAGCAGUUCGAGAGUCAUUGCUUUCAGAAUCAACAUCUGGUAUUUGUAAAGAUGAAGAAGAAGACUCUACUAGUUUUGGCACUACGUCUUUUUCCAGUCCUGAUAUUGAAAUCAGCAACAAAGAACAUUUUGUUUUCACUAAUAAAACCAAUGGUAAGAUAGAAAAUAAUAUUGUUGGAAAACAAACAAUAUUAGAAUCGAAGCCGUUGAAAAAUAAUCAAGUGAAGAUUACAGAGAAUCCCGCUGAUGUAGAAAUUGAUUUCCAGAAAUUAGAUAUUAAUGAAGACGAUAAAAAGGUGGCCAUACCAGACGGAGGCUGGGGGUGGGUUGUGGUGUUGUCUUCAUUCAUAAUAUCAAUGAUUGCGGACGGCAUUAGCUUUUCCUUUGGACUGUUGUAUAUAGAAUUUUUGGACGAAUUCGAAGCUAGUAAGUCGACAACAGCAUGGAUUGGGAGCCUCUUUAUAGCUGUCCCAUUAUUAUCGGGGCCGAUCAUGAGCGCUUUAGUAGACAGAUAUGGCUGCCGAAGUAUGACUAUUUUAGGAGGCAUCAUUUCAACACUUGGAUUUGUUCUUGCAUCAAUUUCGACUACAAUAGAAAUGAUGAUGGUGACUUUCGGUGUAAUAGCUGGACUGGGUCUUGGAUUAGUUUACGUUACGGCGGUAGUUUCAAUAGCGUACUGGUUUGAAAAGAAACGGAAUUUAGCUGUUGGUCUUGGGGCGUGCGGCACCGGAGUUGGAACCUUUAUCUAUGCUCCAAUGACUCGUCACUUUAUAAAAGAAUACGGAUGGAGGGGAACAAUACUUUUAUUGUCUGGAACUCUUCUUAAUUUGUGUGUAUGCGGAUGUGUGAUGAGAGAUCCCGAAUGGUGGAUAAUUGAACAGAAGAAACAGAAGAACAACGAAAACGAUAGUAAAGUAAAAAAAGAAGAAGAUAAAUCUAAAAAUUCUAGUUCGGCUUCGAUCACUAAUCCUUAUGCUUUUGACUUCGAUGUUGCUACGAGAGGGAAGAGCAUGGGUGGGUUGAUCCGCAGAGGACUGGCUCCUGAAAAGGUGAUAAGUCAAGAAGCAGCGAGUAUUCGUCGUCACCAAAACAUGUUGCUGUACAAGAAAAGGCAAUAUAAAUUAAAACAGAGGUCACGUUCGGUUGUCAACUUGCCUACGUAUCUAACUUACAGUGAUAAGAUAUCAAUGACGAUGCUCGAUGUUAUUGUGAAGACAGCAAGCAAAGAAUACGAUAUAGAGGUGAAAUAUCCGGCAUUUGCCAUUAGUCGCAAUACACGGAAGAAACUUGCAGAAGUUUCCAAAGAUGAUAACGAUCCACCUGUAGUUACAUAUAAAAGGUCUAGUUUACAACGCACAAAUUCUGAAAAAUACGACUUUAAAGAUGACAGAGAGUAUGAGAAUUAUCAACUAAAGAACCCUAGACAAGGUUAUCCAUUGACGAAGUCCAAGUCCGAUAAUAACAAAGAUAGUAAAUCGCUCGUAAAACAGGACAGCAAAGAAAAUAAACGCGAUUGGCUUAAGAAACAGUUAUCAGUGAAUCAUCAUUAUUUAAAAGAUUUAAAGAUGCCAAUAAAUUCUAUAAGUCAUAGAAAUGCGAUUCUGAAUACAAAAAGAUAUAGGUUGAAGGCAUCUUCAUGUCCAGACAUAUUUAAGAAUUCUAUGAUAACAAUCGAUGAAAAAGAAGAGAAAUGGUACGACGACUGCGUCAGCUGCCUCUCAGAUAUGUUCAACAUUGCACUCUUUAAGAAGAUGACGUUCAAUCUUCUAUGUCUUGGGACCAUAAUACUGUUCACUUGGUUCAUUGUACCGUACUUUUAUUUGGCCGAGCACAUGAUUCAAGAGGGUUACACUGAAGACGACGGAGCUGAUAUGCUCAGUUUGAUAGGCAUUACUAAUACCAUUGGUAUGGUCGGUCUUGGCUGGAUUGGAGACUUCCCUCAAGUUUCUAUUGGCAAUCUCUACGCACUGUGCCUGGUGCUAUGUGGGGCAGCGGUCGCAGCUCUACCAGUGGCUGCCCAGGAUUAUUGGAUUCUCGCAUCUGUGUCCGCAGCAUUCGGUCUACUUUUCGCUGCCUCGUUCACAUUCACACCUAGCUUGCUCGUGAAGCUGGUUUCUUUGGAUGACUUUACUUCGGCUUACGGAUUGGUCCUGUUAGCUCAAGGCAUUGGACAUCUUAUCGGACCUCCAAUGUCUGGUAUGAUAUACGACGUAACUUUUUCAUGGGAGCUAUCGUUCUAUCUGGCCGGGGGGUGGAUUGUGGUGUCCGGGGCAUUGAUAUCUCUCAUACAACCUGUACGUUCCUACCAGAAGCGCCGUGACGAAAACAUGGAGAAAAGCAGCAACUCUAGCGUGGCAUAAGCGACUUUUGAUCUUGUUUUUUAAUUUACACUGUAGCAGUAAAUGAGCAGGGAGAUAAGUUUUUCUGAAAAUUGUUCUGCUAUGGGAUGAAUACCUUUUAGACAAAAGUAUCCUUUGUAGACCUAUCUCUAGACGAUUCUAUUAAUUAAUCAACAAGCACAGAGAAACAGCAUAUAGAUGGGGUAACUCCUAGAAAUUUUUGGAUAAAACAGUCUGUUUUUUUUUUUAAAUAGAGUGGUUUUCAGUAAUAGUAUAUAUUAACAUUGUAAUUGAUUAUUUUUAUUACAGGAACUGUUUUAUUGUUUUGUUAUUUUUUAUUAUCAAUAAACUUUACUAAAAUCUGAAAGUAUGAUUGUUUUACAGAUUUCAGUAAAGUUUGUGAAGCAAUGCAACAGCCAAUAGUUAGUUACCGUUUUUUUGUGACUUUUUAUCAUUCGAUGUUCCAGUUAGAUGUAUUAGAUCUACUGCAUUUGUAUUUAGUUUUGUUUUCUAAAUUUAGAAGAUUUUUUUUUUUAUUUAUGGUUUGCGACUGAAUGAAGGUAUGAUAAUCAUAAUGCUCUCAAGGGAUCUCUUUUAGGUUGUUUGUGAUUGAAAUUUUUCUAUAUAACAGGGCAGACUGACAGGUUUGUAGUUUAUUAUAUAUAUAUUAACACGUCAAGCAAAAACUUUGCACCCUUUUUUAUGAAAAUUGCGAGGACGGAGAAGUAUGAAAUUUCGCACACUUAUAGUUUAUAUAGAGAAGUAGUGCAGAAUGCUAUUUUUUUUUAAUUAUGCAUAAAAAAUACAUUAAAUCAAUAAGAAAAAAAAUCACACCUUCACAUAUGUAUUUGACACACACACAUAACAAGCAUAAUCGAAAAAAUAAUAUUGGAUAACAAUAGAUUUUUAAUAUAAUCGAAAAUAGAUAUCCGACUGAUAUGGGCGAUGACGAAAUGGCGGAUGACCGUUUCCCGCCAUCAAUGUCUAGGAUUUUUUUUUAUUGGUAGAAAAUUGAAUAGUAACCCCACCUGCGCUAACGGGAUACGCUGGCGGGGCACCAGUGAAGGGUGAUCGAUAAAGAUGAAAACAGGCCAGUUAGCCCAUCAUGAUGAAUUAACCAUGAUAGUUUUCAGGGGGAACCGCGAGGAGGUCGACCUGGUUGGGUAUAUUGCUAGCAAUGGGAUUCUCAAUCUCCAUUACUAACAAUCCCUUUCCCCUCUAGGAAUAUAUUAUAUAGAUAUCGGAUCGGUAUCCAUAUUACUCAUAACUAGUUAUUUGUGCCGCUGCCAUAUCACUAACCAAUGUGCGUUAAGAUCAAGUAUCCGACAUUGGAUAUUGGUAGACAUGACGUCAUUGCAAAUGUUCUUUGUCAAUUCAAAACAAGUUUAGUGUUCAACUAUUCAAUUUAAAUGUGUCCUUUUAUUAGAAUACCUAUUCAGGAAUGAAUAAAAUAUAACAGUUGAAGGCCUGUGGUAAUGUAGAUAUUUAUUAAAAACUAGCUGCCCGCCCCGUCUUUGCACGGGUGUACUAAUAAAAAAAAAUGAGACCAAAUCUUCCUUUUAAGGUUACUGUGUUCUUUUUCACUCACUUACAUACGUUACGUUACGGAGGAAUAACACCUGAGUCCUCAGGAAUGGCAACGUAUGGGGGGUAUCAUGGGCGAAACGGUAUACUCUGUUAUGUCCAUGGUCCUGCUCAUGUCUAUAGGCGACGGUUACCACUUUCCAUCAGGUAGGUUGUCAGCUUGUUUGCCAUUCUAAGUUGUAUAAAAACAAAACGUUUUUACGUGGAGAUUUUUUAAUCCAAAUUUUUUACUUUUUCGUAUUAAUAUUCAAAUAUUUUCGUUCAUAUAUAAAUCUUAUAUGUAUUAAAGUAAAUAUAUACAGCCAUUCUAAAAUGAUGUGCUUAUUUGAUUAAUAAUUUUCAUUUACAUAUGUUAUUGUAAAAUCCCAUACAUUGGUAAAUCUUGGAAAAAAAACCAUAGAACAUAGGUUUCUCCCAUAGACUGCCACAAGAGACGGGUCGGUCAGUAUGUCUUCUUUGUCUAAUAUAUUAUGCCGAUAACCGAUAAGAAAUGAUGGGGAAGAAGAAGAAAAGAGUAGCGACCCCGUAUGGGCAAACGGUGUGUAGAACAACCCCCCACUAGAUGGAGUGACGACCUCAAAUGCAGAGCAGGGAGUCAGUGGGGGCAAGUGGCUCAGGACCGUUCCUUAUGGCAGUCUACGAAGGAGGCUUAUGUCUAGCAGUGGACGGAUAAUGGCUGAAAAGAUGAUGAUAAUAUUAUGCAGUUAUUCUGUUGUUAGUUUAAGUUACUUAUUAGUAAAUAUUUAGGAAAAUAUUUAAUCGAUAAUCCAUAAUAUCAAUUUUAUGUUUAGAACGUCUUUUUCGUCUAUUAUUAUGCAUUAUGCUGUUAUUAUGUCAAUUUAAGGUGACGAGAUAAAACAAAUGUGACGGUUGUAUUAAUGACUUUCAAUUUAGACCAAUUUAGUAAUUAUUAAAGUUAAUUAUUAUUCAUUUUUCACAUUUUAAUUAUUAUAGAACGAGUAUUUGUAAUUAAUUUAUUAAACGUGAUAAUAGAAAUCGGAUUAUACAUUUAGAUUGUAUCAUAAUAUUAUUAUUUACUUAAGUAUUACUUUCCCGCCUAAUAGCUUUUAUUUUUUUAGAUUCGUUCAAAUCGGAUAAGCAAAGGGCAUGAUCCAUAGAGCCUAAUCUUAGACUUUUUCAUUAGUUAAUUGAAUGAUAGUAUUGUGAUAUUUAAAAAGUGUACCUAAUACUAUGAAAUAUAAAAAAAUAAAUCUUCUUGGAUAAGUGAGAGAGUUAAUAAUGAAAAUUUAAUGAAAUUUUGACCAUACUGUAAGAGACUCUGGACCUGUUUACCUUGAAACAACCGUCUAUCAUUACCAUUUAUUGUAUUGUAUAGUACAAUGAGUAUUUUAUUUCAUAGAGAAAUACAAACGAACUGAUGAUAUUAUAAAAUUUACCUCUUUAUACCUUUUCUUUUAUAGGGAGGUACUCUCUUUAUGAUGUCAGCAUUUCUAAUUGUUAAUUAAUUUUCUUUACGUAUUUCGUCGACAAACUCCCAAAUUUUCGAUAGGUAGAAAUAUAUAGGCAGAUAUACUUGUAUAUAAAUUUUAAAUUGUAUUCCCUUCAGAGGGAAAUGAGAGAAAUAUUUAUAAGAACAUGUUCCUAAUUAUGUAAUCUGUGUUGGAUGUUAGUUAAUUAAUUUAUUCAAUAAUACAUUUUAAUAAUAAUAGUUGAAAUACAAUUUUUAAUUUAUUUUUUAGUAUUAUUAGUUCUUCGUUUUUAUUUCAACGUAUCGAAAAUUUGGAAGUUUGUUGACGAAAUAUGAGAUAAAAAAAUGACGUCAUAAAGAGAAUAGCUACUUGCAAAAGAAAAGGUGUAAAGGUAAAUUUGAAUGAAUUUUCAUACAAAUUUAUUUUUGGAGAUUUUCCUGUAAGAUUUUCGAUUAAAGAAUUAAGUGUUACAGAGAAUUAAUUAAUUUAUAAUUGUUUUUUUUUGUCUUCAGUCUGAUAUUUUUAUUACGUGUCAUAUUUUACUAUAUUGUACUUUUUUUUUUUUUUACAAAACUCUGAGAUAAAUAGAGAAAUGUCAGAAAACAAUAUAAAAGUUCUUCCCUUCUAUGGACGUAUUAUAUCGAAAUAUAUUUUAUGAAAGUAAAGACAUACGUACUUAAUCCUUUUAUAUGUAUCGGGUAAUUAGUGUUUCUUUUUUCGUAUAAGAAAAAAAAAAUAUUAAAAUAAAAAAAGAAUCCGUGCAUAAUCUAGAAAUGACUGAGCGUACUUAGUGAAGAACAGUUUCGAUUUCAAUUAAUGCCAUUUUUCGAAACUGGUAUUAGAUUGGCAAUAAAAUAGGUUAAUUUGUUAUUUACUUAUGGUUAAUAUGGAAAUAUUAGGUAAGUUAAAAAUUUAAUCAUUCAGCAUGAUAACAUUUUUAAUUUAUCUAAUAUUUUAAGAUUUUUGAACGCAGGGUUUGCAUUUUAUUUUUAUUUCACUUCGGUUUGAAGGGUGGGAUAUGGCGUGAAUUUACGGGGUACAGAGGAAUAACAUCUGAGUCCUCAGGAAUGGUAACGCAUGGGGGGUAUUAUGGGCGAAACAGUAUACUCUGUUAUGUCCAUGGUACUGCUCAUGUCUAAAGGAGACGGUUACCACUUUCCAUUAGGUAGGCCGUUAGCUUGUUUGCCAUUCUAAGUUGUAUAAAAAAAAAAUUAAAUAAUUUCAAAUAUAUUAUACGACAGAAUUAAAAAUGAAGUGUUCUAAAGACAUCGAAAGUUUGACUUAUAAGUAAAAGUUAUGUGCAAUAUUUUAUUAAGUUGGGGAUUUUACCAAAACGAACGUUGAGAACAGGCUUCAUAGAUAUACAUUUAAUUUUGUUACUUGUGUAAAUGUAAUCAGGGGGUCUACCAUGAAAUGAAAUUCUGAAUUUUCGGGCUCAAUUUUGUGUUUUUGUUCGUAACGAAAUCGACCCUGUAAAUGGAGCUUAACGUUUCAUUUGUCAUAAAUCCUACCAUACAAGUUCAAAGGAACGAUAUUUUAGCAUUUUAAAUAUUUUUAAACGGUAUGUAUUAUGUAAUCUUAGUAUCAAAUUUUUGUUUCGUUCGGAUCCGAAAUUUCGGAAAACAUUUCAUGGUAGGCCCUCUGUAUUCCCAAUAAAUUGGAAUAAAAUGUAUUCCAUAUGUUUAUGUCCAAUAUGGUCUAUUUUUAUUAUAAAUUAGUUCAAUCGUUUAAGUUUUAUUAAGUACUUAACAAACAUACAAAUAUAUUUACAAACUUUUAUAUUUUAUAAUCAUUGAUAGGAUUGAAUUUUGAAAACGGAACGUUAUCAAUAUUAGAGAUUGAAUUGUUCGUAUUUGACAACCAUAUUCUUUUCUUGUAAAUCGCCAUAUUUGUUUACACAAAAAAAAAAAUAAGAAAAAAAAAGUAUUUAUUUUUCAGUACAAGAUUUGUUCAAGGUGUAUUUAACGCUAAAAGCAUUCUGUCCCAGUCAACCGUAGGGAAGUGUUAGAAUGCUAUAAGUCUAUAUAUUAUUAAUUUAAUUUAACUCUAUUAAUUUAAUAAAUUACUUAAUUAUAAAGCUAUAAUUGAAUAAAUUAUAAAAUUAAUAGGGAGAUAAUUAUAAAAAUUAAAGUAUCAAAGGUGCUGCUUUUUAAAAAUUGCUGUCUUUGAAUUAAAUUUAUACUUAUUGAUAUUAUAAUUGUGGAUUAUAGAAAUCGCAAUAUUCGAUUAAAAUAUCGAUUAUUAUAGGAAUGAUAAGAGCUGCACAUUAGUUUGAACAAUAUUAAAUUUGUGUACACGUGUAAGCACAAUGUUUAAACAAUAUUUUUAAUAUAAACAAAUAUUUGACUUUGUAAUGGACAAAAUAUAAUUGAUAUAAUACUGUUAUUACUCUGUAAUCGUUGUAUGUUAUUUAAUAUGAAAAUAAGACAAAUAACAAUUUACAUUAUGAAUAAACAAUC